GCAUCAAUAUUCAGUGCAAUUCAGUUUUCAAGAUCUGGGAAGAAAAAAUUGGUGUAUAGUAAGAUGGAGAAUAGAGUAAUGUUAGUGGUGAUAUUGGGUUGCCUAGUUUUUCUGGCAUUGCAGGCUAAUGCUCAACAAGCCAGCAAUGUGAGGGCAACUUAUCAUCUUUAUAAUCCUCAGAAUAUUGGGUGGGAUUUGAACAAGGCCUCUGCAUACUGUGCUACUUGGGAUGCAAACAAACCUCUCAGUUGGCGCAAGAAAUAUGGAUGGACUGCCUUCUGUGGACCAGUUGGCCCAAAAGGACAAGCUUCUUGUGGCAAAUGUUUAAGGGUGACAAACCGAGACACAAAAGCACAGACGACGGUGAGAAUAGUUGAUCAAUGUGCAAAUGGAGGGCUUGACUUGGACGUUAAUGAAUUCAACAAGAUCGACACCAAUGGCAAAGGAUAUAAUGCUGGUCAUCUGCAGGUGGAUUAUCAGUUUGUUAACUGCUAGACACAAUACAAUGGCGGCCCAAAUCAGUCAGCUUAAUAUAGGUUAUACAAUAAAACGACUGAGAUGGGAAUAAUGAAUUAUGAGUCCAAGGAUAGUUAUGGGUUCAAUUAUCAAAAUAAUGCUCAUCUAAUGUAGCUAUGGUCUUACUGCUAAGUAAGUUAAUUUCUGAGAUGAUCUAUCUAAUUAACAUAGCUUUUCUACAA